AUGUUCGAUGAGGUGCUUGAAUAUCAUGUUAAUGGUAAAAAUAUCCUUUUAAAUCUCUGCAGUAGUCCCUGCGAAGCAAGCUAAUUAUACUGGAAAGGUUAGUUCAAUAGUAACCGAUCUUUCACGCGGAAGGAGUUCGACCCCUGACACUAGGUGUCGAUGUAUUUCUGGAUUACACCUUUUUACAAGACAGAGAUCAAGAUUUACACCAACCUACAGCAAACUUCGACCGUUUACUUCUUGUGGGACGCGCAGAUAUUUAAAUAUUUUGUUAAAAGACUUUUUGGAGAGCUAAGGGAACCUUUUCAGCCCCAUCUAGAAUACGGCAUACUAGCGUUACGGUCAUGGCUAGCAAACGACCAAACAUGCCUCGAAAAAGUUCAAAGCUGUGUAGCAGAGUCGGCAAAAGGUUUAAAAACCAAUCGUGUGUAGAGGAACUGAACUCCCUCGACUUAUUCUCUCUGUGUUACACACAGCAAAGAGGUGAUUACCUCGUGGUUUACAAGAUGAUACAUGGCCUUCAACAUGGAACGAGCUUUGAAGACAUGUUUUAUUGGCACCUUCCGUCCAAUCUUCGUGGCCACUAGAUGAAGUUACGCUCAAAAAGGUUUAGGCUGAACCUCCGCUCUGAAUGUUUUUCACAGAGGGUAGUGAAGAGUUGGAAUGAUUUCCCCGAAUUAGUCGUGGAGGUCUCACCCUGCAGCUUUUCAAGAAAUGUUUGGAUGAUUUCUGUGAAGCCUGUUUUCCCUCGAGAGUCCGAACCUGACCUGAAUACUCCGUGAAAGUCACGCAAGUACCAUUUUAAUAGCGGUGGUUGUCCUUAUCUGUGUACAGAUGUAUUUACCAAACUGGUAUGUAAUCAUCUUCCAUCUCCUUUCCGUCGCCCCACUCGUUGUCACCAGACUAGCAGGGUGAGCGCGCUCACUCUGGCAGCCUGGAAUGUUCGUUCCCUUUUAGACAAUCCGAGGAGCAACCGACCGGAGCGGAGGACGGCGCUAGUGGCACGAGAACUGGCGCGCUACAAGGUGGACAUCGCCGCACUCAGCGAGACCCGUUUCUCCGAACAAGGCCAACUGGAGGAGGUAGGUGCCGGCUACACCUUCUUCUGGAGCGGUCGACCCAGGGCAGAGCGACGAGACGCGGGCGUCGCCUUCGCCAUUCGGAACGACAUCGUGGGACGACUGCCCUGUUCGCCGCAGGGCAUCAACGAUCGCCUGAUGAGCCUUCGCCUGCCUCUCUGGGGAGGCAAAUUCGCCACCAUCAUCAGCGCCUACGCUCCGACGAUUACCAACCCCGACGCCGUCAGAGACAAAUUCUACGAGGACCUGCACGCCCUCUUGGCGACUGUGCCGAAGGCGGACAAGUUGAUUGUCCUUGACGACUUCAACGCCCGCGUCGGCACAGACCAUACUGCCUGGAGAGGAGUGCUGGGUCCCCACGGUCUCCGCGGCUCAAACGACAAUGGUCUGCUGCUUCUUCGCACCUGCGCAGAACACCGCCUUAUCCUGACAAACAAGUUCUUCUGUCUGCCGGAGCGAGAGAAGGCCGCCUGGAGGCAUCCUCGGUCGAGCCAGUGGCACCUGCUGGACUAUGUCCUAGUCCGGAGGCGAGAUCAGCGGGACGUGCUGGUGACGAACGCGAUCGCGGGUGCUGACGGGUGGACCGACCAUCGCCUCGUCAUCUCGAAGAUGCGUAUUCGCCUAGAGCCUCGCAGGAGACCACAAGGUAAGCGACCCACAGGUAAGCUGAAUGUUGCCUUGUUGUCUUUGCCCGCUCACCAUCUCCAUUUCAGCAAUGAGCUAGCUCAACGGCUAGGCAACCUUCCUAUCGCCAAUAGAAGCGAAAAGACGAGUCCCAGGAAGCAGUCUUGAAGAAGACACGAUCGCCGGGACAAGAGCUUUAUUAGCCUGACGUUUCGGAUUCCUGCUCGAAUCCAUCAUCAGAGACAUAAGCAGAUAAGGGUGGUUCAUGCACAUGUGGCUGCAGUAUUUAUAGGAUGCCAUAGCCAUGCCACUGCAUACCUAUGAAUGUUCACGGCUCCCUCCCCUUCAUCAGGGAUCGUUGCACGUGGCGUGAUGGUCGAUAUUCGCGUCGUCAAUUGCUGCAAUUUCAUCACGUGCGUUGGAUGUUGGUGUGAUGAUUGCUCGACCAUCUGACGCGCUGACCCGGGUGUUGGGAAGAACUCAGGUGCAAUAACACCGACCGACAGACGCAUGGCGAGACCCCAAGAUACGGCUUUGGCCCGAUUCUAUGGCCUCCCUAAGGUGCACAAAGACGGCGCUCCUCUCCGACCCAUCGUGUCGCUCAAAGGUACUCCAACGUACGGACUGGCUAAGUGGCUGUUCCGGCGUCUCAAGUUCCUGACCGCUGAGUCAGACACCACGGUCUCUUCGUCAGCAGAAUUCCUGGAGAAACUCAAAGGGGUAAGCCUCCAUCCAAAUGAGGUCAUGGUAUCUUUUGAUGUUACAUCCCUUUGUACUUCUAUUCCCCAGGACCUGGCGAUCGAGACAAUCAAGCUGCUUCCGCAAAGCAAAUACGAUGAAACGGAGAAUCGUCUUGGACGCGCCCAAGUCCUUCAGCUGCUGAAGUUCUGUCUCAGGACGUACUUCACGUUCGACGGGACAAUCUACGAACAGGUGAAAGGCACACCAAUGGGUUCGCCGAUUUCGGGAUUCAUCGCCGAGGCGGUCCUGCAACGGUUGGAGUCGCUGGUCUUCCAACACCACAAACCGACGUUCUGGGCCCGGUAUGUGGAUGAUACCUUCGUCGUUAUCGAUCGGGAUCAACUGCUGACAUUCAAGGAACGUCUGAAUGCGGUCUUCCCGGACAUACAAUUUACGAUGGAGGAGGAAGAGAACAACCAGCUGGCCUUCCUGGAUGUCCUCGUAUGCCGCAAGGAUUGUGGUGGACUAAAGACCAAAGUGUUCAGGAAAGCGACAAAUACGAUGCAAGUACUGAACUUCAACAGUAACCACCCAAUCAGCCACAAACGCAGUUGUGUAAGGACGCUCUAUCGGCAUGUCGAAACGCACCGCAGUGAGCCGGAAGACAAAAUUGCUGAACUACAAUACCUCCGACGGGUAUUCAAAGCCAAUGGCUACCCGAGCAACUUUGUCAACCGGUGCAUACGCAAAAUGGACGAAAGGCCUAACCGCAGGGACACCAAAGUUUGGCGAGCACUUCCAUAUGUCAAGAACGUGUCGGAAGCUGUUGGCCGCCUUCUCGCACCGCUGGGGGUUGGAGUUGCACACAGGCCAGAGGCAACCAUCAGGCGUCAACUGAUGAAACCAAAAGACCCACUGCCACGGCAAGAAACGUCUGGAGUUGUUUAUCGGAUCUGGUGCAGUUGCGGACAAAGCAACUACGUCGGAGAAACCGGAAGACAGCUCCGAACGCGAAUGGCCGAACACGCUGCAGCAGUGCGGAGAAAUGACGCCAGCUCUCAAGUUGCGGCUCAUUCGACGGGUGUCGGCCACACAUUCAAAUUUGACGAGGCCGAAAUUCUCGCAAAAGGUGACAACCGCGUUAGCCGGGAGCUGCUUGAGUCAUGGUUCACUGGCCCCCAGUCUAUUAACAAGUGCAAUGAUAUUCCCAUUCAAUACAGCGUGCUGAGUCUUCGUCUAGGCGGAGAAAUUGGCCACGCGGGGAGCGCCCUGAUAAACACUCUUCCCAACACCCGGGUCAGCGCGUCAGAUGGUCGAGCAAUCAUCACACCAACAUCCAACGCACGUGAUGAAAUUGCAACAAUUGACGACGCGAAUAUCGACCAUCACGCCACGUGCAACGAUCCCUGAUGAAGGGGAGGGAGCCGUGAACAUUCAUAGGUAUGCAGUGGCAUGGCUAUGGCAUCCUAUAAAUACUGCAGCCACAUGUGCAUGAACCACCCUUAUCUGCUUAUGUCUCUGAUGAUGGAUUCGAGCAGGAAUCCGAAACGUCAGGCUAAUAAAGCUCUUGUCCCGGCGAUCGUGUGUUCUUCUUCAAAACCUUCCUAUCGCUGCCGCCGACGACGCCACCGCUGCCGAGAACGCCUCCGUGGAGAACCGCUGGUGUCAACUGCGAGACACGGUCCAGUCGACGGCGCUCGCCGUCCUCGGUCGCGCUCCCCGCCAACACCAGGACUGGUUCGACGACAACGACGCCGCCAUCAGAAAUCUGCUAGCUGAGAAGAACCGCCUACACAAAGCCUACACAUACCACCCCACUGAUGCCACCAAAGCUGCCUUCUACCGCAGUCGCCGCCAGCUUCAGCAACGACUGCGCGAGAUGCAGGACGCUGGACUGCUCGCAAAGCUGAGGAGAUCCAAGGGUACGUGGACCGCAACGAAUGGAAGAACUUCUUCUUUGCGAUCAAAGCUGUCUACGGUCCGCCGACGAAGGGCACUGCUCCUCUCCUCAGCGCCGACGGCAACACUCUCCUGACUGAGAAAACGCAAAUCCUGCAGCGAUGGGCCGAGCACUUCCGAGGCGUCCUCAACCGCCCCUCCGUCAUCUCCGACGCCGCCAUCGAGCGCUUGCCGCAUGUGGAGACCAACGUGGACCUCGACCUCCCGCCAUCUCUCCAGGAGACCAUCAGGGCCGUGCAGCAGCUCUCCAGCGGGAAAGCACCCGGAUCGGACGCGAUCCCUGCUGAGGUCUACAAGCACGGAGGUCCCCAACUAAUGGAUCACCUGACUGCGCUCUUCCAAGAGAUGUGGCGUCAAGGUGAAGUCCCGCAAGAUUUCAAAGACGCAACCAUCGUGCAUCUCUACAAGCGCAAAGUGAAUCGCCAAGUCUGCGACAAUCACCGUGGCAUCUCCCUGCUGAACAUCGCCGGGAAGAUCUUCGCACGAAUCCUCCUCAACCGCUUCAAUAACGAUCUGGAACAGGGCCUUCAGCCGGAAAGCCAGUGCGGCUUCCGUUGUCAUCGUGGUACCACGGAUAUGAUCUUCGCCGCCCGUCAAGUUCAGGAGAAGUGUCAGGAGAUGCGGACCCACCUGUACUCUACCUUCGUGGACCUGACGAAAGCCUUCGACACGGUGAAUCGUGAAGGACUGUGGAAGAUCAUGCAGAAAUUCGGCUGUCCGGAGCGAUUCACUCAGAUGGUGCGUCAGCUGCACGACGGUAUGAUGGCGCGAGUCACGGACAACGGAGCUGUCUCAGAGGCAUUCGCAGUGACCAAUGGAGUGAAGCAGGGCUGCGUACUGGCGCCUACCCUCUUCAGUCUUAUGUUCUCUGCCAUGCUGAUGGACGCCUACCGCGACGAACGCCCCGGGAUCCGCAUCGCCUACAGGACGGACGGUCACCUCCUGAAUCAACGGCGGAUGCACUUCAAAUCGCGCGUAUCCACAACCACCGUGCACGAACUCCUCUUCGCCCACGACUGCGCCCUGAACACCACCUCGGAAGAGGAGAUGCAACGGAGCAUGGGCCUGUUCUCCGCCGCCUGCGAGAACUUCGGUCUGGUCAUCAACACACAGAAGACGGUGGUGAUGCACCAACCGCCACCCACCUCGGCCACAGCCCCCAACGCGCCGCCGCAAAUCAGCGUGAAUGGGACCCACCUGCAAGUGGUGGAGAACUUCCCGUACCUGGGCAGUACUCUCUCCCGCAACACCAAGAUCGACGACGAAGUCGCCAACAGGAUCUCGAAAGCCAGUCAAGCCUUCGGUCGCCUCCAAAGCACAGUUUGGAAUCGUCAUGGUCUCCAACUGAGCACGAAGGUGAAGAUGUACAAGGCCGUCAUCCUGCCGACGCUACUGUAUGGAGCGGAGACUUGGACGGUGUACGCAAUGCAGGCACGUCGUCUGAACCACUUCCACCUCAGUUGUCUUCGUCGCAUCCUGAGGCUGAAGUGGCAGGAUCGAAUCCCCGACACUGAUGUGCUGGAACGGACGGGAAUCCUCAGCAUCAAAGCCAUACUGAGGCAAAUUCAGCUGCGCUGGAGCGGCCACCUGGUGCGCAUGGACGACGAGCGACUACCCAAACGACUCUUCUACGGAGACGUCGCGACGGGUUCUCGCCGUCAAGGAGGCCCAAUUCGUCGAUACAAGGAUACCCUGAAGUCCUCCCUGAAAUGCCUGCAAAUCAACCCCACCAACUGGGAGGAGCUCGCACUCGAUCGACCGACCUGGAGGAGGACAGUGAAGACAGGCGCUGCGAUCUACGAAGCCAACCGCAUCGCUGCCGCCAAAGCGAAACGUGAAGCCCGCAAAUCACAACUUCGCCCAGUAAGCAACGCCGCCGCACAACCGCUUCCAACGUGUCCUCGAUGUCAACGGACAUUCCGGGCUCGAAUCGGACUUGUUGGACAUCUUCGGAUUAACUGCGCCUCUCGAACGGCACCAACCAUCGUCCCCCCGCCUGCCUCUCCCUCCUCCUCUCCGCCGCCAACUAACCCACCACUUCCAUCAUCAUCCUCCUCCUCCUCCUCCUCCUCCUCCUCCUCCUCCUCCUCGCCCACUGCUCCAACGGCGGCCGCUCAGGCGACUGUCCCACGCACAGCAACCGACACUACCACCACCUUCCCCGACUCCAGGGAUGAGGAUCAGGACUACACCUGCCCUCACUGCGACCGUACUUUCACCUCACACAUCGGCCUGGUCGGUCACGUGCGAAUCCAUCGCACAGAGACUGGCGAACCAGUGCAUGGAGCACUAACCUACACCCACCGCACUCGCCUCCACUGCCCACACUGCCCUCGCACCUUCACGCAUCGCAUGGGCCUUUUCGGCCACAUGCGCAUCCACGAGAGCGGCCUUGACCGCAUUCCCGACACACCCACUACAUCCAAAACAUCCACCGUGCACACCCCCACUCUCGUUCCAUCCGUCCGCGACACCACCACCACCACCACCACCGCCUCCUCUGUAGCUGACACUGACACCGCCGACUUCUCAUGCCCACACUGUCCACGCACAUUCACCUCACGCAUCGGCCUGGUCGGUCACUUGCGAAUCCAUCGCACAGAGACUGGCGAACCAGUGCCUGGAGCACCCACCUAUACCCAUCAAGCUCGUCUCAACUGCCCACACUGUCCUCGCACUUUCAGGCAUCGCAUGAGCCUAUUCGGCCACAUGCGCAUCCACGACGACCUGCGGUAG